GGCUGAAAGCUCUUCUAAAUGCUGGUGCCCCUUUGCUCGUCGACCGUAGUUGGUAGUAGCCUUUUCUUUCAUGCAAUUCUUCGGCCUGUGAGAGUGCAGAUGGAAUACAAGUUCUAAGACCCCUCUCUGCCGUUGAAUGCAUCCCUUGUCUCUUCCAUGGCGCAGGAAAAGCUCACUGGUCAGAAACUCAUUGACCUCGCAUCAAAGCAGAAGCCCAUUCAGAUUGGUGGUCUUCCAAAAGCAAUAAUAGGUCUCUCUGCGACUCUUUGCGUUGUCAGCGGGCUAUGCAUGAUCCUGCGUAUCUUCGUCAGAGCUUGGUUCUUGCGCAGGGAGCGCUCAUGGGGUUGGGAUGACACCCUCGCGCUGUUGAGCUUCUUGACAUUCGUGCCCGAGUGCGCAUUCGUCAUCAUCGCGGCGAAAUAUGGGCUGGGUACCAGGGAUGCGGAGCUCAAUGAGCUCGUAACAGCACAAGCUUCCCUGAUGAUGGGGAACUGGCAGAUGUUCUACGCUGCAUCAACAAACUUGAUCAAGGCUGCCAUUGCAGUCACACUGCUGCGUCUCACGGACCAGCCCAAGUACCGUUGGCCCAUAACCGCUGCUUUGGUCACGACACCCAUCUUCACCGCCGCUGUGGUCAUCGUCCUCAUAAUUACUUGCCGCCCUGUUGGGGCCCAGUGGGACCUCGACCUUGGGCCUUGUCCUCUGCACAACUGGCUGGCGAUUCUCAGCUACCCCUUUACCGCGAUGACCAUCAUCUUGGACUGGGGCUGUGCAAUCAUACCAUGGCUUCUGAUCAGAAAGCUGCAGUUGAACAAGCGGAUCAAGAGGUCCCUCAUAUUAGUCCUUGGCCUUGGCGGCACUGCCAGCGUCGGUGCGAUAGCGCGCUUACCGUACCUGAAACACUAUACAAUUCCAGAAGAUCAGCUUUAUUACAUGGCCAACAUAGUGAUCUGGUCGGUUUUCGAAAAUGGCGUUGGCAUUAUAGCAGCAUCACUGCCGCCUAUCCACAAGCUCUUCAAGUAUUUCGAUGACUCCUCGGCGGGCGAUAGCACAACAGCAGGCGCCGGGGCCUUCGAGACCAUCGGCGGGACGCCCCUCAGCCAGCCCUCGGGCGCCUUUGAGCUCAAGCCGCUGCGGAGCUCUACCAGGCUGACCAUGACCAAUAAAUCUGGACAGUGGGAUCGCCUGGAUGAUGAGACUCCCGGUCAGGAACACAUAACUGUACGCAGGACUUUCAGCAUAAUAGAGGAGAAUGAUGCGGAGAUGGCGCAAAAGGUCAGGAGUGAGAAAUCUGGGCGGGCCGUGAUUGUGCCCAGGUUGUGAACUAGGUACGAGCUUGGCUCGGGUGUCCGCCACGCGGCUUGGGCAUGUUUACUUCUCAACCUUUUGCAUACCAAGCUCCAAUGGGAAAAUUCUCUGCGGGAAGCUACCUAGGUAUCCUAUCCUUCUCACAUUCCAUAUAACAGCCUAUUAUUUGCUUAGUAAUAGUAGGACUCGAUAGACUACAUAGUUAAAAUAUGGGCUUUAGCAACAA